CGGUGGCUCCCGGGGCCGUGCUCCCCUGUCUUGGUGGAUGCUGCGUCUCUCGGAGCGGAACAUGAAGGUGCUCGUGGCCGCCGCCCUCAUCGUGGGCUCCGCCGUCCUCUUGCUGCUGCCGGGGUCUUCCGUGGCCGAUGAGAAGAAGAAGGGGCCCAAAGUCACCGUUAAGGUGUAUUUUGACCUACGAGUUGGAGAUGAAGAUGCAGGCCGGGUGGUCAUCGGUCUCUUCGGCAAGACAGUUCCAAAAACAGUGGAUAAUUUUGUGGCCUUAGCCACAGGAGAGAAAGGGUUUGGCUACAAGGACAGCAAAUUCCACCGUGUGAUCAAGGACUUCAUGAUCCAGGGUGGAGACUUCACCCGGGGAGACGGCACCGGAGGAAAGAGCAUCUAUGGUGAGCGCUUCCCAGAUGAGAACUUCAAACUGAAGCACUACGGGCCUGGCUGGGUGAGCAUGGCCAACGCGGGCAAGGACACGAACGGCUCCCAGUUCUUCAUCACCACAGUCAAGACAUCUUGGCUAGACGGCAAGCACGUGGUGUUUGGCAAAGUGCUGGAGGGCAUGGAUGUGGUCCGCAAAGUGGAGAGCACCAAGACAGAUGGUCGGGACAAGCCCCUGAAGGAUGUGACAAUUGCAGACUGUGGCAAGAUCGAAGUAGAGAAGCCCUUUGCCAUCGCCAAGGAGUGAAGCGGUCCAGGGACCUUCUGCGGCACUACUGCCCUCGGGGCUGAAGAUGGCUGCCCCUGGGCACCACUGUGCUGCCCUGGUGCUGACAGUGGACCACACCCCACAUCCCACAGGCCCCAUUUUGUAACAAACUCCUACCAACACUGACCAAUAAAAAUAAAGGUGGUUUUUUUUUUAAUAACUUG